UAUCACGCGAGAGAACCUGUGCUUGUUUGUAGUGCUUCAAUGAUCAACGAUGAUCUAGCUUCCGAUUUAGUGUCGAGGUUUAAUUUGCCGAUUCGUGUAUUAAUUUGUUUAAUAGAGAGUUCAUUGGUUUUAUGUUGUUGCGGUUUUUUUUCACGAUAGGUAGCUGUUUAGAGCAGUACGUUGGUCUCAUGCGGAAGUGAAGUUCUCAGGCAGGAAGAUUAUUGUGCAUAGAAUAACUACCUAGCUGUUGAAAAUGUGGUUCGCUGCGAUAUUCUUCGUUUUGAUUUUGGUCUUGCUGGCUUAUCUGGAUACGAGGAAACCGAAGAAUUAUCCGCCAGGUCCCGAAUGGCUUCCAAUCGUAGGCAGCAUGCUAAUGGUGAAAAAACUCCGCGAUCAAACCGGUUACUUAUACAGAGCGACAGCCGAAUUAGCUCGCAUGUACGGACCAAUAGUGGGCCUACGUGUAGGCAAAGACAGACAAGUAGUUUGUUUCGGAUACGAAGCGAUCAAAGAAAUGCUCACCAAGGAAGAACUGGACGGACGACCGCAAGGACCGUUCUACGAAACGAGAACAUGGGGAACACGAAGAGGACUUCUAUUAACCGACGAAGAGUUUUGGCAAGAACAACGUAGAUUCGUCAUGCGUCACUUGAGAGAAUUCGGUUUCGGAAAGAAAACCAUGUCCGAUCUCGUACAAACCGAGGCUGCAUCUUUAGUCGAAAUGUUCGAUCAAAAGCUCAAACUCGAGGCGGAUAAAAAAGGCGGUGUCGUUGUCCCGAUGCGAGAUGCUUUCAGCGUUUACGUCUUGAAUACUUUGUGGUCCAUGUUGGCUAGCAUCAGAUACAGUCCCGAAGACAGAGAAUUGAAAAGUUUACAGUCUCUGUUGACCGAACUUUUCGCAAAUAUUGAUAUGGUUGGAGCGCUUUUCAGCCAGUUUCCGUUUUUACGUUACGUUGCUCCUGAGAAAUCUGGCUACAAAUCGUUUGUUAACAUUCAUGAAAAAGUUUGGAAGUUUCUCAAGGCUGAACUCGAUAAUCAUAAAGAUACUUUCCAACAAAAUUCUCCUCGUGAUUUGAUGGAUGUUUACAUACAGAUGUUGCACUCUCAAAAUAAAGGAACAAGUUUUUCAGAAUCGCAACUUUUGGCCAUUUGCAUGGACAUGUUCAUGGCUGGAUCUGAGACUACAAGUAAAUCGCUCGGAUUCGGUUUUCUGUACAUGUUGUUAUAUCCCGAAGUACAACGUAAAGCUCAGGAAGAAAUUGAUCGAGUCGUAGGCAGAGAGAGAAUGCCAACUUUGAACGAUCGUCCAAAUAUGCCUUAUGUGGAAUCGAUUGUAUUGGAAUCUGUACGAGUAUUCAUGGGUCGAACUUUCAGUAUCCCUCAUCGUGCUCUUCGCGACACCACUCUGCAGGGUUAUCAUAUCCCUAAAGAUACUAUGGUGAUCGCUAAUUUCAACGGUGUCCUUAUGAAUAAACGUUUCUGGGACGAUCCUGAAGUAUUCAGACCAGACAGAUUUAUCGACGCCGAAGGCAAAGUUUUCGUACCGGAUAACUAUCUACCUUUCGGAUAUGGAAAACACAGAUGCAUGGGACAGACAUUAGCUCGUUCUAAUAUAUUCCUAUUCACUGCAUCUUUACUUCAAAAAUACAACUUCAGCGUUCCGUCAAACGAGGCACCUCCGAGCACCAAUGGCGUAGAUGGAGUGACCCCUUCGCCGGGAGAAUUCAACGCUUAUGUAACUUUGCGAUCGUAGAAAGGAAAAAAUUGUUUCAAAAGAACGCGCCAUCAGAACUUUUCCUGCAGCUCUAGUCUUAAAAAAAAUUGCAGAUCAGCAUUUAAUAGAUUUUUGAAGCCCUCGUUGUGGCGUUAUUUCUCGAAGAAUACGGCAUAUUACGGAAAUGUAAAUUUAGUUAAGAUUUUUGAUGAUUUAGAAAAUUUUAAUUUUUUCAGUAGUAUUAAGCUCUUAGUAGGUAUGUAAAUUUUCAAUGUUUUUAAAUAAAUAUUUACAUUAGUUUUACA